AUGACUGGAACCGUUCUUCACCACAAGUACAAGCGCCCGUCCAUUGCAGCCAAGAAUCCCAUCAAACCUCCUUGCAAGCAGCUCGAGACAGAUGACAUGUAUGAUCUGCCUGUUGGUAUCGCCACCGAUCGUGGCGUUAAACUCAAUCAAGAGGACGCGUACUUCAUUGGUGGUAAAGUAUCCGAGAGACUCACACUGAAUGGCUACUCCAGCUCGGCGAGUGGCUGCUUCGGCAUCUUUGACGGCCACGCUGGGGACCGUGCCUCGCGCUUUUGCGCUGAGCGUAUUUUCUCGCGGAUCCUUGAGCAGCUCGCUCACAAGUCGUCCGUGAAAGACGCCAUUACAAAUGCAGUGCAAGCCCUCGAUGCUGAAUUCUGCACUAUUGCUCUUCGCGCUUCCAACUCUACAAUCGUCUCGAACCCACGACGAAAUCAUAGACGACCAUUCGCCACAGACGACGGCUCGACACUUCUCGUCGCCAUUGUUCGUGACGGACUUUUGCAUGUAGGCAACGUCGGUGACUCGCGUGCUGUCGUUGUCACCCGUGGUGGCGACGCCAUUCCCAUGUCUUUCGACCAGAAACCCAAUCACAAGAAUGAGCGCAAGCGCUUGGAAUCCAAGGGCGCUUUCGUCACGGGCAAGCCCUCCUUCAUGUACAAGGUCUGGCCUCUGAAAAAGUUGAUCGACGUACCCCGUGUAAAUGGCCAGUUGGCAGUCUCGCGCUCCAUCGGCGACGUGUCAUUAAAGCCAUACAUCUCGUGUGAUCCUGAGGUCAAGACUCGCGUGAUUUCCAAGAACGAUCGGUUCCUCAUCCUAGCGACGGAUGGCCUUUGGGACGUGGUUACCAGUAAGGCAGCAGCCAAGCUCGUGGCUCGAUUCAAGGACCCUCAAAAAGCUGCGGACGCCCUCGUCGCGCUUGCACUGAACAAACGCACUACUGACAACGUCACGGCCUUGGUCGUAGAGCUGGAGACAGACGACUUCAAUAUCGGCCGCACAUCUUCAGUCACAACCACAUCGUCAGUGAACAGGCCUCACACUUCUUGCUUCACCAGCGUCUUUGGACGCCGUCAUUGA